AUGCGUAGUUUGGUACUUUCCAGCAAAUCCACGAAAAAUAAAGGUGCGGACUUAUAUGUAUCUAUUACUUUGAUUUUUAGACUCUCAGUUUUGGUAAGAGGUUGGAUAAAUGCCACAGUAGCAAAAGUUCAACCGCUAUCAGACGUUCCACAAAUUGCUACUCCCGUCUUGGGAGCAACCUCAUUUAUAGAUAAUAAAAUUGUGGGUCAGAAAAUCAUUUACACUCCUUUAAAUAAAAGAAUUAUAUUCAAGAACGUGGUAUUUAAAAAUGCUUCAAAAGACAAAAAGUGCAUUCAAUUUACUUAUUUCUUAACUAUUAUUAUAAAACCAAACGCCAAUCUAUUGUUUUUUAUUAUUGUGGCAACCCUAGUCGUUCCUACAGACAAAAGAAGACGUAAUAAUAGGACAGGAUAUGUAUUACCAACGUAG